UCUCCACCAGAAGAUGCCACAGUUAUCAGCUGGCAUUGCUUACCAGAUCCUUUACCGCUUUGAGAAUGUGCUACACCCUGGCUUUUUAUAGCUUCGGACCCUGUUUCCUUUAAGAAGAAGUUUCAGAGAUUUGCACCCCCCCCCCCUGCUCUUGAUGGGAUCUACCCUGGAACAAUUUAAAAAUGGAGCAAAAUCUGGCUGGAUCAGAAGCAGGAAGGAGCUCUGAUGCUCUCCAGGUGGAGCUGGGGGCUGCUAAGAUGAUGCCAGGGGAGUCCAUCCACAUAGGGGAUGCCCGAUGCCUUCACUUCCGGCACUUCCGCUACCCAGAGAUCUGGGGACCUCGAGAGGUGUUCAACCAGCUCCGUGAUCUUUGCUUCCUGUGGCUCCAACCUGAGCAUCGUACAAAGAAUCAGAUUCUGGAUUUGGUGAUCCUGGAGCAGUUCCUCGCUGUCCUUCCUCCAGAGAUGGAGAGCUGGCUUCGAGAAUGUGGGCCGGAAACCAGUUCUCAGGCGGUGGCCCUGGCCGAAGGAUUCCUGCUGAGUAAGGCUGAAGAAAAGGAAGAGCAGCAGGGUCAGGAGAAUUUCCCAGACUUGGCCAAUGAGAUGGAGAAAACUCCUUCGAGCAUCAGACGCAGAACAUUUUUCAGGUGGAUUGUGGAGGAGGAGGAGCCUGAACAGGUUGCUUCUUGUCAAGGUGAAGGGAUGACACCUGUGAUCCAGUCGUGGUGGCCCCCGUAUGGAAAUGGAAUAGAAACAGCUCACGAAGAACCACCUCAGGAUCUGGUGACUUUUGAAGAUGUGGCAGUCUACUUCACGGAUGAGGAGUGGGCCUUGCUGGAUCCAGACCAACGAGCCCUCCACGUGGAAGUGAUGGAGGAGAACUGUGGAAAUUUGGCUUUCCUGG